GGUAAUUCGGUUUCGAACUUUCGAUCGAGUUCCACAACACAAAUCCGUAGCAGUUCCAAGUCGACGAGUCGAGAUCGAUGGCGCGUACGAAGCAGACCGCCCGCAAGUCCACCGGCGGCAAGGCGCCCCGGAAGCAGCUCGCCGCCGGAAUGGCGGCGAGGAAGUCUGCCCCGACGACCGGCGGCGUGAAGAAGCCCCACCGCUACAGGCCCGGCACCGUCGCGCUCCGGGAGAUCCGCAAGUACCAGAAGAGCACGGACCUGCUCAUCCGCAAGCUGCCGUUCCAGCGUCUGGUGCGGGAGAUCGCGCAGGACUUCAAGACGGACCUCCGCUUCCAGAGCCACGCCGUUCUCGCGCUCCAGGAGGCGGCCGAGGCCUACCUCGUCGGCCUCUUCGAGGACACCAACCUCUGCGCCAUCCACGCCAAGCGCGUCACCAUCAUGCCCAAGGACAUCCAGCUCGCGCGCCGCAUCCGUGGCGAACGCGCCUAAUUUAGCAAGCCCUAGCAUGCACGGCCCAAGAUCAAUGCAUGCGCCCCUUCUAGUUGAUUGAUUCGAUCCUGCUUUUAGUUCUCCUUAAUUAGAUCGUAAUAAGGAAAGUUUGUUGUCGUUGUAAGAAACUCGUGAUUAUCUGCUGUUGGAUUUUUUUUUGGUUUGCCCUAAUUAAGGUUAUAGACCAAUAUUCGUGUUUGCUAAAGAUUUUAUCGAUAUUUCUCACGGAAUAA